AGGAAGGCGGGCGGGUCCUGGCCGAGCUUUAUUGGCCCUUCGUCGCCACCGUCGCCCUCGUCCAGCUGCUGCAGCGCCGGGCGGGAGUCAGGCGGCGCCGGCUUGGUUCGGGACUUCAUGGAGCGGAGCUCGGCAGCGGUCGGGGCUGUUAGGCGCCUCCGCACUCAGGGCCCGCAGCAGCCGCCGCAGCAUCCCCAGCAGCAGCGGCGGCGGCCGGAAAAAGAGGAGGAGGGGCGGCAGGGGAAGAAGCCCGGCGGAGGCGACCGCAGCAGCAGCCCGAGGCGGCUGCCCGAGGCACGCGCCUCGCUUGCGCCGCUGCUUUACUUGCUCGGGCUGCGCGUGCUGGUGCACCUCUCCUUGGAGCGCCUGGUCCAGCCGGCCCGAGGCCCGCAGGAGUUCGACGCCGCUCGCGCCAGGGCAUAUCUAGACAAUAUUACUGCAUUUGGCCCCAGGGUCGUUGGAAGUCCAGAAAAUGAAAUCCUUACAGUCAACUACCUCUUACAACAAAUUGAAGCAAUUGAAAUUGAAAGCAGUAAUGCCCACAAAAUCUCUGUAGAUGUACAAAGGCCAACAGGCACCUUCAGUAUUGACUUUCUUGGAGGCUUCUCCAGUUACUAUGAUAAUAUUACAAAUGUAGUGGUUAAACUGGAACCUAGAAGUGGAGCUGAGCAUGCAGUACUGUCCAACUGUCAUUUUGACACUGUACCAAAUAGUCCAGGUGCCAGUGAUGAUGCUGUCAGCUGUUCUGUGAUGCUAGAGAUACUGCACACUCUGUCAAAAUCCCCUGAACCUUUGCAACAUGCUAUUAUAUUCCUGUUUAAUGGCGCAGAAGAAAGUGUCUUGCAGGCUAGUCAUGGCUUCAUUACACAGCACCAUUGGGCUAAAUCCAUUAGAGCAUUUAUUAAUCUGGAAGCUGCUGGAGUAGGAGGGAAAGAGCUUGUAUUUCAAACAGGACCUGAAAACCCCUGGCUGGUGCAAGCGUAUAUCUCUGCUGCAAAACAUCCUUUUGCCUGCGUUGUAGCUCAGGAAGUGUUUCAAAGUGGCAUUAUUUUAGCAGAGACAGACUUCCGUAUUUACAGAGAUUUUGGCAACAUUCCAGGAAUAGACCUGGCUUUCAUUGAAAAUGGCUACAUCUAUCAUACGAAGUAUGAUACGGCGGACCGAAUUCUGACAGAUUCUAUUCAGAGAGCAGGAGACAAUAUCUUAGGUGUGCUAAAAUACUUAGCAAAAUCAGAUAACCUGGCCAAAACUUACGAAUAUCGACAUGGGAAUGUUGUCUUCUUCGAUAUCUUUGGUGUGUUUGUUCUGGCUUACCCAGCUCGGGUCGGAACCAUUUUGAACUGUGUCAUCACAGCACUUGCUGUUCUUUAUCUAGGCAAAAAAAUAUUACAACCCAGAAAGAGAGCGAUUAGUUAUCUGAGGGAACUUGCCGUUGCAGCAGUUUUUACAUUUCUUAGUUGGUUCGUGGCCUUGGCUGGCACCCUUGUUGUGGCAGUUUUUAUUUCUCUCAUUGGACGCUCUCUUGCUUGGUACACGCACUUCCACGUGUCCAUUUUUCUUUAUGGAACUGCUGCCGUGGCUAAAUUAAUUUUUGUGCACACGUUGGUCAAGAGAUUCUAUUAUAAAAAUACAAAUGAACAGUUUCUUGGAGAAAUUUUCUUCGAUGUUUCACUGGCUUUUUGGUCAGUUAUGUUGGCCUUGCUUACAUACCUCGGAUUGUGCUCAGCGUUUGUCAGUGCAAUAUGGGUAGCGUUUUCUCUACUCACAAAAUUAAUGACUUAUAAAGAGUUAAAAGAAAAAGGUGCCACGAUGAAGUUCGUUCUGGUUUACCUCUUGGGGAUGUUUGUUCCAUACCUCUAUUUAAUGUACCUCAACUGGGUUGUAUUUGAGAUGUUCAUUCCCAGCAUGGGGCGGAGUGGUUCAGAAAUUCCACCUGAUAUAUUAAUGGCUUCUUUUGUGGUUAUGGUGUCUAUAUUCCUUUCUUCCUACUUUCUUAAUUUCAUCUAUCUUGCUAGAAGCACGAAGAAGACAAUAGUAACUUUAACUGCAGUUUUUGCAGUUGCAUUCAUCCUUGUCUGCAGUGGCGUCUUCUUUCCUUACAGUUCAGAUUCAGCAAACCCAAGACCUAAGCGAGUCUUUCUUCAGCAUUUGACCAGAAGAUUUCAUGGUCUGGAUGGCCACUUGGCAAAAAGUGAUUCGGGAAUAUGGAUUAAUGGGCUCGACUAUAGUGGGAUGUCUCAUGUCACUCCUCAUAUUCCUGAACUCAAUGACACGACUAGAACGAAAUGUGAGGAAGAAUCACCUCUCUGUGGGUUACCUUGGAUCCUUCCUGUGAACUAUCUUUUUAGGAAAAAUUGGUAUCUUCCUGCUCCAGUGAUGAUACCCAAGAACUCUAUUCGCUUUCAGCUUCUAUCCAAAGAGCAAACGCCUUGGGAUACUACAAAGCUGACCUUUGAAAUAGUAGGUCCAAGUCGUAUGUCAAUGUAUCUUCGAUCACAUCAAGGAGUGACAUUGUCCAAGUGGUCCCUUGGAGAUGGAACUCCUCUUGCCAAUACUGGUGGAGAUUACUUUGUGUAUUAUUCACAUGGGCUUCAGGCCUUGCCAUGGCACUUCUGGAUCGAGAUGAAGGUUUCAGAUGAGCCAGUCAAAGGAAUGGUCACCCUUGCUGUAGCUACUCAUUAUGUCUUUGGGAAUGAUCAGAAGUCAGUCCAGUUAAAUGCUUUAUUAGAACGAUUUCCCAAUUGGACGUUUCCUUCUAGUUGGGUCUCCACUUAUGACGAAUUUGUCUUUUAAUUUAGAGGUAACACACAGGUCGGUUGGUGACUGUACACUAUUGGAUACAGCUUUGAUUCAUAGGGAGUUUGGGCAAGGCAGAGGAGACAGUAUUUUUGACAAUACUGAAAAAUACUUUAGCUACAAGCGUAUUUCUGUGGCAGUGUGAAUACCUAAAAGAUGAUGAUGUUACUCCGUUUCUUCCUUGGGGAAAAGAAGAGCCUCUGUGUUUUUAUGCAAUAUAAACCAUCUGUUUCUCCCACUGGAAUGGCCAGCAUACCUGUGACUAACUGAACACGAAUGUUGCCUUUGGGAUGUAGCUUUACAGCGGUCUUCCUGGCUGUCUUGUCACAAAAGGGGCUUUUAUGAUGUUCUGAGUACAGUGAGUGAAAUACUUCAUGGGCUUUAAGUGACUUAAGUGCAGAUUUCCCUGCACUUGUUGACCCAUUCUAAGAAUCUGAAAUAAAGCUUUGAUGCAGAGACUUUUAUGACUGCACCUUAUGGAGAAUAAGCAAGCAUUAAGUGAUCACAGUUCUGAAGUAAUGAUGCCCUCUUAAAAUGUACUCUGUAAUCAAAGUUCUUUACAUUGUAAAGCCAGAGAAUUUGAUGAUCAGUCUCUUUUGAACCCAAAUUUUGUCUGUGUUGGUCUUACUGUUCUGUUUUCUUUUUAACACUUGUCUUUCACCUUUUUGAACUCUUGUGCUGAUGCAGUAUAUUUUCAGUACAAGUUGGAUAACCUACCUUCGGUUCAAUGGGGACCAAGGAGUGUGAAAGGCAUAUUUACAUAUCAGAUGCAAACACAUGAGCACUACCUUUUGUGUUAAGUGCUAAGCUACCAAUCUGGCCUUCUGUGUGUGUGUGUGUGUGUGUGUGUUGUUUUGUAGUUGCUGAAUUGUCAAAUAUGAACCUUUAUUAUUUUUAAAAAUUUCUUAUGAGUUUUUCAUAAUUGGAUUAAGAAAACCUCAUAGGAAAUCCAAUUGCAGUAAAACUUUGAUUUUAUGUCUAAAAGUAGAAAAUACGCUUUCUUUUUUUUUUUUUUGGAAGACUAGAAUGAGCAAGUGGAACACAAAGAUUUUGAAAGUAGUCUGAGGAUCUGGCAAUUGAGUCACUUUCCAAAGCCCAAAUAUUUCUGUGCACAGGGGGAAAAUGUCUGCAAAAGGAAAGUAUGUUGGCAAGAAAGUACAUUUCUAGAACAGAAAGGGGGCUGAAAACAAAACCAUUUUGCUGUUUCAUAUAUAAAACACACACACCAUUUAUAAUAAUAAACUCUGCUUUCUGCAUAUGAUUACAGAUUGGAACAGGUGCUUCUGAACCUAUAGUUCUGGAUAGGCUUAAUUACUUCUUUCUCCUUGGAUUUUUGGUGGAUGUUUGGGUAUAGAAAGUAAUUCAAGCACAAAAACUCCAGCCAUUUUGUAUUCAAUUUGCCCAUCUAAGGAAAAUGUGUCAUUCUUUUUGCAGUGCAAGUCCUCAGUGUCCAAGUAAUUUGGGCUCUACAGUCCUUUUGUCACAGAAGAGACAAAACCAAUACUGGCUCUUGCUCCCAGUGCGAUGCUUCACACCCCAGUAAGGGCAUGGUUGUAGGCCUUAAGGUUAUGGUGGCCACUCGAUCUUAGACCUUUGUCUGUGGCAGCAAGGUGUCAAAUUGCACAGGGUCCAAACUAUGGAAGGCUCCAUGUGUAUGUACUGGUGUUCAGGAUUAUUUUAAUCAUGUUGGCAAACCAUCCCCAAAUAGUAGUUUCACUGACAGAUUGUUCUCCCUCUUGCACCCAGUGCUCCUCCCCAUACGGCUCAGACCUAGACACUCUGCCUUGAUUUAACACCUGGCUAGCAACUCAAGGCAGAGGGUAACGUGAAAAUUGCUCUAAGUUGCAAUCCAAUGUACUAGCUUCUAAAUAGAGGCGAUUAAGUUCUUAUUAUGUUAAACCCUGCUACUUUAGCUUAAUUGCUGUCAGUUGGGAAGGUGUUAUAUUAUUCUUCAGUUCUGUCAUUGGGAUAAGUUUUCGUGAUUUGGUUUAUAAUCUUAAAAAAUGCCAGUAAUACUGAAUUUCAUCAGCAUCAAGUUAUGCAACAUUUUCCAAUGUAUUCAGAUACAGAAAUAAUUACAAUUCACUACUUGAGGUUAGGACAAAACUAUACAUUUAUACUAAAGGCACAGGUACUGGCAAAAAUAGCAGUUGUGCAUUUGGUUUCUUUUUGUCCAGCUAGCAUAACUUAUUGAGCAUUGAGAGAUCAUAACAUUUUGUUUUGCCCUGUCAAUGGCAACAGAAUGCAGAAUGCUAUCAUGUCAUGGCACAAGAUGAGUUGCGCUCUCUCUUAUGAAGGGAAGACCUAGUUUCAUGACUAUUUUUGACUGCACUGACAUGUUCAGUGUAAGCAGAGCUUGGCCUUGAGUAGCAGUAUUUUGCCCAUUGAACCCAAAACUUGCUAGCAAAGCUGAUGAAAAGCAACCCAGACGAAGAUAUGUGUGACCUCUUUGCCUUAGUAACAACCAAUCUAGUAUUUUCUUCUGUUGAGAAUUUUUCCCAUUUAGAAGUAAUUAUGGUGUUCAUUUGUCCUAAUUGCCUUAUGCAGGUUGGCAUUUUACUGUAGAGAAGCUCUUGGCAAUGUGUGUCAGUGCCACUAAUUUGUACAGCUUGUGUUCUUUAACAAACGCAGCCUGGAUGAAUUCUAAAUCUGUACAAUACGAGUCCCCAAAGCCUUUCCUUAAAUUGACUUCUGUUGUGCCUCUAAAUCUAUGUUGCAUGCAGCAAAGAAAAAAUACUUAAAUGUGUCAAAGUAUGCAAGAAAUUACUAACUUCUCCCUUGGAAGAAAAUCUUUGUCUAACUCAGGAUGUCUUUUUUUAUUACAUAUCAAAUUGAAAUAAUGGGAUGUGUAGGGUGCUGGGGUUUUGUUUAAUUAAGUGCUGCCUUAUUUUAAAAAAUAAUUGUUCAGCACAGGAAUUAUUCUAACUUGUCUUCCUCUGUUUUGACCUUGCACUGAAAGCUUUUUGACAGAAUGAGUUGGAGAGAAUAAAAAUGUUAAGCUUAUUACAAGUCAGAUCGAACUGGUUGUAUACUUGAUCAUAUACCUGGUGGUGAAUCUACCAAUUAUUGCACUGGUUUUCAUGCACAGUUAGUAUACCUUGGUCUGGACUGUACCCCUUUAGACUGUAGGUGGUAUGCUCCCUAUACAAAAAUAUUUCCUGCUUGUGGAAGAAGGGUUCUAGCUUAUAGAUUGUGAUGGUUUUCUAUCAGCAAGACUUUUUUUUUUAUGGGAAAGCAUUUGAGCUUUGAGUCCUUAUCUGUAAUUUGAAAUGGAGGUGGGCGUGCAUCUGUGUGAGAGACUGGUAUUCUUGAGAAUUAUGCCAUGGGUUACAAAAGAACAGAUAUGAAAAUAAAUACAUUAACAGCAAAUGAAAUGGAAUGUAAAGUUAACUAAAUUGAUACUCAAUAAAACUAAACUGAUACUCAAUAAA